CCUGGACGUACCUGGCGCUCUUUUUGUGGUUCCAUCCGUCACCGGUGAGUGGUGCCCAGAGGAGGCGACUCAAUGGGAACAGAUGAACUCAUCGAUUCGCAUUCAGCAGGUUCAGGGAGCACCAGCUUCCGGCAGCGGUUUCAGGGAGCACCCUAGGCGGCCUGACGGCCAAGUGACCAUCACCUUCCCAUUUGGAGCUCAAAACCAUCGCAUCUGGGAUGUUCCUCCUCGUCGCGCUGCUCCAUCUGGCUGUCCUCGCCAUGGCCGCCUGCCGGAGCCUCAAGGUCUGGCAAGAUCUGCACAUUGAGUUAACGGAUGAAUGGAGUACGCUCACUUGCUCUAUCUGUGCUGCCUGUCCACUCACUCAUCCAGGCGGAUCUCCUCGGCUAUGUCGGUGCGCCUCACGUGCUCUCUGGCUUCCCUCAGCGUCCCACUUUUAUGUUUGCGAGGCGGCACCUGAGACGACUGCCAGUGCUCUCCCUCCUCUCUGCUGAGGUGAGCAAGGCGCGGCAACUCACACUCACCAUAAGCAAGCCAUUCGGUGUGUGGUUGAUCCACAGGAUGCCAGCAGCAGCAGCAGCACAGUGGGUGAUGACGGCACGCGCACCAUCCGCAUAGUGGAGGAGGAGUACCAGAAGGAGAAGGGCGAGCAGGAGGCCAGACGGGAAGAGAGGGAGAAAACCGUCCAAGUCGAGGCAGAGCAGGAGAAAGUGGUCAGCCACUUGCUAACACCCACCCCACGCCCCCCACACACGCGCCUGAAUGUGUGUGUGUUCAGCUGACCGACCAGGAGUGGUUUGUCCGUCACGCGUCUGAAGGCGAUGAGUCGGCCGUUCAGCAGUGGCUGGAGCAGGGCCUCAAUCCAAACAGGUGCCGCGAUGAGGACGGCCGGACGCCGCUGCACGCCGCCGCGGAGGGGGGCCACCUGAGGCUCACGCAGGUCAUGCUCGAGAGCGGGGCCAGCACAGACGUCCAAUCAUGGGUGGGUGGGUGGGUGGGUGGGUGGGUGGAAGAGAGGACACGAGAGGAUGUUCUUCACUGUCGUCCAUUGGUUGGUAUGUUGGUUCAGCUGGGCAACACGCCUCUGCAUUCAGCGGCCGUGAAGGGUCACCUGGACAUCGUGAGGCUGCUCGUCGACCACGGCGCAGACGUCAACAUGCCCACUGCGGUCAGCACACGAUGUCACACACGUUCACCGAGUGGCUCAGCCGUACACGUACGUGGUUCAUGAGUGAUCUACCAGACUGGUGGGUGGACGCCGCUGCAAAAGGCGUGUGUCAGUGGGCAGCUGGAGGUGGCCUCGUUCCUACUCGAAAAGAGGGCAGACCCCAACUCGAGAUCAGACGUACGCACACGACCAGCUGUUGUCGCCCUGAUUAAUGUACAAUGGUUAUGAUGUCUGCAUGCGCUCUCUCUCUUUCUCUGUGUGUGUGUGUGUGUCAGGAGGGAUGGACGGCCCUUGACGUGGCGGCGCUGGAGGGCUUCGCCGAGAUAAUGGGACUCCUGCAGACACGGGGGUGAGCCGAGCACGUGUCCGCCCUCCCUGACUGUGUUCCUGACUGUUUCCGUCUGUCUGUGCGUGUGUGUGUGUGUGUGUGCGUGUCAGUGCUGUGUUGUCGUCGGCGGGUAUUUUCAAGGAGCAGAAGGACAUCAGCAAUGAGGUGCGGGGGCUCUUGAAGGAGGAGGACGCGCGCAAGAGGGAGGGGCGGCCGAACGAGGGAAGACCCUCCAUCAUUGUUGACGAAUGAAUGAGGGAUGUUAUACAUACAUACAUACAUACAUGGAUGGAUGGAUGGAUGGAUCAGCCGAGUGGCUGCAUGGGUGGGUGGGUGGUGGCGUGUGUUCGCUUUGGGAUGGGUCAUAUGUUGACACUUAUUCACGCUGUUCUGCUGCCUUUUUGGGUCAAUAAGGCAGCAGAAUGGUCAUGGACUGAACAUAUUAUGAAUGAACCACGUCAG